AUGAGGCCGGAGAACGUGAAGUGCGGUGAAUUGAGGGAGGAGAAGAUUGAGAACGAGUUGGAGUCUAUUGGUUCGUUUUUUCAUAGAGGAUGCUUGUUACUAUUUUUUAAAAGAAGGAGAUUUAUGAUUUUCAUGGCGAAGAGCCUUUCCAGUAAUUUUCAAAGACAAGGCAGGAGUUUUUAAAAGGACUGGAAUGUCUAAUAUAAGCAAACCGAUAAAAAGUCGUAUUUAUCAUUAAAUUCCUAGCUGCCAAAAGUCCUUGCUGAGUCAUUUGAAGAACAAUUUCCUUGAAAUUUUUGCGGAAAGAGAAUUUUUUUCUGUUGUUUUUGGUUAACGAGGAUUUCAACGAAGUCAAAAAACGUCAUUUAAUAGAAAACCAAGCUUCUCUAUUGAUCUUUUUUCUUCGAAAUUUCAAUUUUGAACGCCGAAACGCCAUAGUCAAAGUUGAAAAAAUCCAAAAAGGCCUAAAAAAAAUGUUCCUUUUAGGGUGACUAGGUGACCCUUUUCGCUGCCUUUUUGCGCCAUUUCAUCGACUUUUAUGCACCAUUUUUGCUUCCUCUCCUUUUUCUACCGUUCCUUGAGCCUUUAAAAUCCAAGAAAAAGUAAAAGGCAGGGCCUUUUUGCUCCCUUUUUGUUGCCUUUCUGCGGCCUUUUUUGAGCCUCUCCCUUUCAGCGGCCAUUAUCCAUCAUCCCGACUUUUUAUUGAGCUGCUUUUGAACCUAUUUUUUUCAUAUUUUUUUAUAAAAAAAUUCAGAGGAUUGGCUAAAAAAAUACUCUUAUUUUUUCAAAAUCAACUGAAUAAUUUUUUGUGCCAAAGUCAUUUCCAAAUAUAGAGAAAUAUAAGACUGAGGGUUCUCUUAAGUGGCCUGAAGAACCCUCCAGUGUGAACUCGACUUAACAAUAUCCAUCUUUUGAAAUCGAGUUUUUUCAAGGCAUUCAAAGAGACGAACGAAAACUUAUACAAAUAAAGAGGUUCUAGAAAUAUCUUUUUUGAAACGUAUCUGAAAGAGUUUGUCCAGAGAUUUCGGAAGAUUUUUUUUUCAGUUCUGUCGACCUACAAUCUUCCGCAAAUCUGUCAAUUUUCUGACGAUGAGCCGCCUGGUGAGUUUUGAUAUGUUUAAUUCGAAAAUUGGAAAAGAAAUCAAGUAUGUUGAUUUUUUAAAAAUUCUUUUUUAUUCACCACUGUUUCUUCAUAGGGAAAGUCAUAGCUUACGAAAAGCCUUUUUUUUUCGAACGCUUUUUUAAUCUAAAAGACUUGACAGUUAUGUUUAUUUGGCCCCAGCUUGUCACUAACUUUUCUCUUUUAAAUCUACAGAACCUCUCGCUUCGAUACGCGCGGCCCGUCUCUGUGCAUGCGCCUUUAAAAUUGGUCAAAUUUCCGUUUUAUUAAAGGCGCAUGCGCAGAGACAAGUCGCGUGUCUCGAAGGGAAGAGGUCUGUAACUCGGAGAAAAAAAAAUGAGCUUAAAAAUCUCCGUGAACCCGAUUUUCCAGAAUAUCCCCACGACGGAUCGGCUCGAGCUUCUCCCAUCCCGACCUAUGAUGAAGUUAUCUACUGUGACCAGCUCAUUCGUUCCUUCGAAGGACUUUUACCAGUUCAAACACAGUCUUCUUGUAGCAAAUAA